GCAGCCCGCGGGAGGGCAGGCACACCCCGCUCCCGCCCCCCCGCCCUCAAAUCCCCGGGCAGGGCGAGCCCUUCAUAAGGCGGCGCGGGCAGCGCUCCCCGGCUGGGCGCGAUGGAGACGGGCGGGUGCCGCAUGGGCGGCGCGGAGCCGGGCGCCCCGGCCAUGAUCACCCUGGAGGACCUGGACGGGAUGGCGGAGGAGAGCCCCGACUCGGCGUACCACAGCAACGGCAGCAGCCUGGAGGAGGAGGCCGAGCGCAUGGAGGACGAGGAGCAGGAGCGGCUGCUGAGCUACUGGCAGAGCGUGGGCCGAGGGCACCAGGUGGACGUGCCCCGGGACAUGGCAGAGCCAAUUCAGCAGCUGACUAGAAACAACAACCCCCAGGAGAGACAGACCAUCCCAUUUACUCUGAUCCACCGCAAAGAAAAGCUUGGAGAUCUGCUUUAUGAAAAACGUCAAUAUGGGAAAGCCAAGUGGGCUUGUAUAAAAAUGAAAGAAAAGCAGUAUGAACAGAGCAUAUGCCUUGGAUUCAUGAAGCUUAUGAGGUACAUUUGUGAGCAGAAUUCCUCAGGACUGUACUUGGGGAUAACAAUACCCAUUGUGACCAUAGUCCAUACAAAUGAAUCUCAAUCGGCGAUGACACAGUCAGUGACAGUAGCGUACUACCUGCCUGAAGUGCUGCAGGAUGAGCCACCUCACCCUUUUGACUCUGACAUCAGCAUUGAAGAAUGGCCUUCUACUAUUGUUUAUAGUAGGAGCUUCAGAGGAAUCACCAAUGAAGACUCUAUAAUGAGAGAAAUAAACCUGUUGGCAGAAAUUCUGGAGAGUCCCGAGUUAUGUUUGCAGGAUACAUUCAUCAUUGCAGGAUAUACAAACCCAGCUGCUGCCAAUCGACACAACGAGAUCUGGUUCCUCCAGAGACCAUAGCCUCCCCUUUCCGAUGCUCGUCAGCCACAAGAAUCAGUUCUGAUUUACUGGCAGAAUCUUACACGUGAAUUGCAUGAGACUAGAUGUCAGACCCUCAAAGAUUUUAGACAUGUGGCUUUUAGCCAGUUUAGCAAGGCAAUCGCUCCAAUUUAAUAAUCAGAGGUAACACCUGAAACAGUUUCCUGUGUCAACUUUUACAGUUUUUACGCAAUUUUUAAUGGAGAUAUUUAGCACUUUAAAAGUUAGUUCACCUUAUCUUUUUUUUUUUUUUUAACAAGAUAAGGGAGACAGAGACCUCUCUCCUCGUCCCCUUACUAGCAUCUCUAGACUGCUGGUGGCCUAGGACAGUGCUAGGGGAGACCCUGGAGCCCCCACCCUAGCCACCUAGUGCUGCACCAGCUACACAAGGACCCUGGUGGGGCUUUCAGCGGGACACACAGUAAAACCACCUCACACGUGCAGGCUACGCUUCAGGAAAAGAAUGUUCAGGUCUUAAUUUCUGAAGGUAACUACCAGAUUUAGACCACUGGGAUUAAACCAAGGAGUAAGAGUAGGCCAAUGCUGACUGCUUUUAACAUCAUCAUCUGUGGAACAGAGAUUCUUAAUGCUUACCUCAAAAAGCAUUCAACCAAAGUACUUCUAACUUUGAGAAGAGGCCAAGAAAGCAGAACAGUCUUACUGCUCACUAAAGUUUUGAUAGCAAAAACUAAAGUUACCUUGAUCACACACACAUAGUAAUGCCAUGACUAUAUUUGGCAUUCCUUAAUAGAAAGUGGUUAUUUCUAACUCUUCAGAUUUCUGAGCAUGUUCUUCUUACAGCUUUGCUGAAUGUUAAAACACUGCAGCUGAAGUCAUUAAUUUGUUCAGUACCUUUUACACUUUUAUGGCAGUACCACACUACUAAUGUUGUAAGUGACACAAAUACUUCACAGAAUCACAGAAAAAAAUUCAGUAAGAAGUGACCUCUGGCAGUCACCCAGCCCAGCCCUCUGCCGAAGGCAGGGCCCGCGCUGCUGGCAGAGCAGGCUGCUUAGGGCCUCACACCCCCAGAUUUUACUUAUCUCCAGGGAUAAGGAGCCCAUAACCCCUCUGGGCCCAACUCCAGUAUUUGACCAUCCUCACUGUGAGAAUUUUUCCCUUCCUAAUAUCUAAUUUUCUAUGUUACAGCUUGUUUCUUUUACCCUUCAUCCAUAUGAUAACUCUUGAAGCAGACAGCUGGUGGUCUGGCACACUGUGAGUGAAAGCCAAGCUGACACAGCUCUGUGCACAUCAGGUCUGAGAGCAGCAUGCACACUUUGCUGUUCACCACAGUUAAAGAGUGCCUGCUGCUCUGGAGAAUUGGGGGUAGCAAAGUUUUGCUCUCAAAAAUCGCUUCUUAAUGUCUCCUCUUUCUUACGGAUACAAAGGUAGAGUUUAAUCUUAGUAGAAGUAAAUUAAAUUUUAUAUACAAAGACGUUAAGUGCAUCACCAGCACUAUUUAUGGAUUACAGGAUUUAGGCUUUAAAUAGAGCUUUUGUGUUCUUCAGUUACAACAUACAAACUGCAACCAGAGCCAGCGUCUGCUAGCUUUACAGUAGUCAGCUGGCAAGCCAAACCAAUUUCUGUAGUACUUCUGAAUGAACGUAUAGGUCUCAAGAACUUUAAACAUCCCAGUUCCAUAAGGCGCUCUGCUGCACAAAACCAACUUUAUGCUUAACCUAAAACCUCUUGUUGAGCAGCAGGAUCAGAGAGUGCUGGCUGGCCCUGGCUGACUGGGCUUAAGCAUGACCAAGGUGCCCUCUGGUGAUUGCUGCCCACAGAUCUGCUGGGGAGACAGCAAGGAGAAGGGUGGGGGGAGAGAGAAAAGCCUUAGUUUUAAUACAAACAAACUGAUAGUCUGGGGGGAAGAGGGAAAAAGAAAACCCCAAACCAAAACAGCAAUCCUCGCUUCUUCUGAACCUGUAGCUGUUCAGAUACCCUGCACUAGUCCAGCAUUCAUAGACAUUCAUAUUGCCACAAAUUAACUGGAUGUUAAACUGAGGUGGGGGGGAUCUCAAAACAAGACAGUGGGUUUGGGGCCUUUCUUACUCCAGCCAGAAAGCUAUCAAGUCUGGUUUGCCAGGUGACAGGACAAAUGCUUGUGUCAGUUGUGGCCACAAGUAGGAACCGCUUUGUCUGUUGUGCUAAUUUAAAUGCACAUCAAAGGAAUUCUUACUUAACAGAAGGAGACUAUGAAGGUACCUGUCACGUCUCUUAUUCUUCUCAGUUUGUUUGAGAUACAGGAUCAUGGCCCUGAGGAGGGGAAAAAAAAACACCAAAACCAACAACUUCCUUUUCAAUAUGUUGGAUCGUAUCCCUCUUGAUUUUUAUUUAUUUUGCUUUUUAUUUAUUUUUAACAUUUCCUCAGACUGCUGGAAAUGCCAGCCAGUAUUAAAGUGAAAGCUAACAAAUUAAUGACAAUGUUUUUAAAAACAAAGUUGAGUAGAAGGCCCAGGGAGGCAUUAAAUAACAGGUUUUGGUUUCCCCUCAUCUGGCCUCCCAAAUAUUUUCACAAGAGACAAUAAAAAGUUUUCACCUUUGACAAGAUUUUAUGGCAAACUGAGGAAGUUUUUGCAAUUUGAUUGCUUUUGCCAAUUAUAUUAAUGCUUUGGCACAGCGGUAUCAUAGCUGUUGAAAGUAGUUAAAUCCUCUCACCAUAAAGUACUGGUUUGUACAUACUUUACAUUUUAAAUGUCUAUUGCAAAAAGCAUUUGCUAUAUCUUAUGUCUCUUUCCAUAGGCAAUCUUCACCUAAAUACUUCUGUGACUCAGCUACUUGUCAGUAUGUUAUAGAAACAUUCUUGUUACUGAAAUAUAAAAAUAAUUUAUCUGAAUGUGCUGAUAUCCUAACUGCAGCAAAGUGUUCAGUGUUGUUUUAUGUAAAACUGUGAAUUCCAAGAUAGUAUUUAUUUUGACUUAUGUUAGACAGCUUCUGCUGCUGGGAAAGAACCCAUUAAUCUCAAGUUUGAAGAUACACUUUAUGGCUAUGGAAUGUCACAGCAACCUCCGUAACUGGCCCUCACAAGCACGGGCAUAAAGAAUUGCAGGUUUUAACCAACACACAAAUAAAGCUUACCUAAUAGUUACACCAGUGAAUGCCACGGAAACAUCACUGUUACUCAAAUACAUAAUUUCAGACAGUUUGAAAACAUUAUGUCAAGCAUGGUUAUCUCCUGUUAUCGGAAUAGGUAUUUUAUUAUCCAUCUGUGGCUCUACUUUGUAAGCCAUUAAUUAAUGGAUUUUAAAUUUGAAGUUAUUAGAUUUCCACUAUUCAAAGGAGAUAAUAAAACAGAAUUCACCCAUAUUUUUUGAAGAUUAAAUUAAGUAGCCUUAACAGAUAAAUGUUGUCCUGCAUACUGUGUAUUUUUCAAACAAGCAUUAGUGCCUAAGAAGUUUACUCCAGCUAUUGUGAUACUCAGGGCCUUGCUUAUUGUAUGUACACAAAUAUAAUUUUCCCGUUGUGUUAUUGCAUUGUGCUGUUUCACACUGUCCUUCAUUUUCACUGAAGUGUUGUCUUGUUUACUGUUACUGUUUGUCAAAAUUAAAGAUAAUGAUUGUA